CCGUCUCCAUAGCAACGCGUCCAAACAAAACACAACCUAAAUAAAAAUACACAAGUAUUUUCAGCGAUAAAAGUAAAAUAGAAAGAAAGAAUUUCGAAGUAAAAAUAAUGUCUAAUCUAAGCGGUUAUGAUAGUGAAGUUGUGGGCUUCGAAUCUGUAACUAGAAACAAGAGCUCCGAAUCUGAUAAUGGUACUCAGACAAGCGAGUUCGCAGAAGUUGGUGCGUCUUCACAAACUAACCUGUCCGUGGACAGCGGAUGCAAUGUCACCCCUGAGGACUUGAACGCUACAGAGUCUGUUUUAAGGCAGUACCCGCCGCCUGGACUCAACGAGUUCUUAAGGAGAGUGGUCCCGGCCAUGAUGGACCAGUUAAAUCAAAAUGACAAGGAAAUUAUCGACAAUUCAUCAGACUCUGAUGACGAGGAACUGGUAUCGGCGAAGUUAUUCCAAGAGAUUGAAGUGAAAACGGAGCACAGGCUCGGCAGCGGGGAUCACCAGUCGCCCUGUGUAUUAAGUUUAUCUUGGAGCAGUGCUGGUAACUCGUUAGCUGUAUCAAUAGGUUACACCCACCACGAGAAUUGGUGUGAACAUGACGGUUUAAUCAGGAUCUUUACCGUCAAACGCACAGCUGGCGAUAAGCUAGUCCAAGCGUUGGAUAUUACUGAAAAAAAUUGCGUCUCCGUGGUACAGUACCACCCUUCCGUGGCCGCGUUGCUAGCUUACGCGACCACCUCUGGAGAAGUAGUCAUUUGCAACUUGAGGAACUCUUUGGAUUACCACGAAGGCGCCCAACUGACUUCCCCGUCGGGUUGCCACGGCUCUAAAAGGGUAAGCGCCCUACUAUGGGCCGAUCAGUCUUUAGCAAACAUAUUUUUGACGAUGCAAAUAAAGAAUACCGGGAAAAGGCGAGGCGCGGCCGAUCAAAUUCUUUUCUCCUCUGGGAGCGACGGCACAAUAAACGUGUGGCAAGUCAACUCGAGUUCCAAGGUCUUCGAGAAUGUAGUCUCUUACGCUGUGAACGGUUCCAGGAAACUGGCGACGCCUGACAUUACUUGUUUUGACUUUAUAAAGAGUUAUCCUCUACGGCCGAGCGACGACAAGGUCGCCGACGAUGUGUUUGUCGUCGGAACGAAGUCUGGGGCUCUCUACCUUUGCAGAGCGAAGUCGUGUCGGCAGAUUGCCGGAAGUAAUGUGCUAGACCCAGUGUACGAAGUGCUGGAGGGGCAUUCCACUUGUAUUUUGGAGGUGGCCUUCAGUCUCCAGAGGCCUGGAGUCUUCGCAUCCGUGUCCAUUGGCUCGGAACUAAAGGUUUACGACAUGAAUCAGGCUGCUCCUUUGAAGGUGCUCUGCCUCGACGUUCCCAUAUCGAGUAUGUGCUGGUUACCAAACAACCCGAGCGUGGUCGUUCUCGGGCUGGCCGCUGACCCACAGAGGAAACACUCGCUGGCCGUCUACAAUGUAUGCAGCGGCCGCACUUUGCCGGUCGACGGGUUUGCUGGCGAGGGCACAGUCACCUCGCUGAGUGUCAACCAGAGUGGAUCAUGUCGUAUAGCAGCGGGCGAUAGUGCCAGCAUUGUACGCGUUUGGGAUCUACCGUCGAGGAAAAUUCGACUCUCGUCCGAGGAUUUAGAAUUCUAAUUCUUGUGAUCUGUUUUUCUUAACAGUUCCAAUAAAUGUUUUAUUGAAAUAAAAAUA